CAAAGUGUCUUCUGUUGACAUGACAGAUUCUCCUGGUUGUUCAUACAAUGUUCAAAAAGCAAAAGUCUCUUGCUUCAGAACGCAAAAGAGAAGUUUUUUCUCAAGGAGGUACACGGUCUAUACAGAAGAAUGAUAUGAGAAAUUUUCAGUCUUUUUCACAACUGGUACUUUCAGCAGGUCCUCUAAAAUCAACUCCAGCAGUUAAAAAAUCAAAAACAACUCACUUUGAGAUUGAAAUACUUGAUGCUCAAACAAGAAAGCAGAUAUGUAUUGUGGAUAAGGUGACACAAACAUCUACUAUUCAUGAUGUUAAACAAAAAUUUCACAAAGCAUGCCCUCAGUGGUACCCUUCCCGAGUUGGCCUGCAGCUAGAACGUGGUGGGCCUUUUUUGAAGGACUACAUAACCAUUCAAAGUGUUGCAGCUUCCUCCAUUGUCACACUCUACUUUACAGACCUAGGUCAGCAGGUCAGUUGGACCACAGUAUUUUUGGCUGAAUACACAGGACCUCUGUUUAUAUAUUUCCUCUUUUAUUUGAGGAUCCCAUACAUAUAUGACAUGAAAGAGAGUUCUAGAAGAUCACGCCACCCGGUGGUACACUUGGCCUGCUUCUGUCAUUGUAUACACUAUACCCGAUACCUUUUGGAAACUUUAUUUGUCCACAAAAUUUCUGCAGGGCAUACACCUUUGAAAAAUUUGAUAAAGGGCUGUGCCUUUUAUUGGGGCUUCACUUGUUGGAUUGCCUACUACAUUAAUCACCCACGGUACACACCACCAUCUUUUGGAAACAGGCAAGUCACAGUAUCUGCUAUCAAUUUUCUGAUUUGUGAAGCUGGAAAUCAUUUCAUCAAUGUAGUAUUGGCUCAUCCCAAUCAUACAGGAACUAAUGCCUGUUUUCCAAGUCCAAAUUAUAACCCCUUCACAUGGAUGUUUUUCCUGGUUUCAUGUCCUAACUAUACCUAUGAGAUUGGAUCAUGGAUCAGUUUCACAGUCAUGACACAAACGCUGCCAGUUGGAAUUUUUACACUUAUGAUGAGUAUCCAGAUGUCUUUGUGGGCCCAAAAGAAACAUAAGAUUUAUCUGAAGAGAUUCAAUUCUUGUAUGCAUAGGAAAUCAGCAAUGAUUCCAUUCAUAUUGUAAGAAAAAUAAAUGACCUUACCUCAUAUAUAAAAAAUAAACAUAAUAUCACUAAUCAGACUUGGUCAAGUAUGAUUGACUAUUAUGUUCCAGAAAUCCACCAACAACAGUAUUUUGCUAAGUAAAACUAUCAAAUAGUAGUGAUCUAACUAAAUUUAGAGUAAUUAACUUGAGGCACAUGAAAAACAGAAGUUAUAGAUAUAAGUAAUGAAAAAUAACAUCCAAUAUGUUAUUUGGAUGGUCCUUGAAAAAUAUGUUUAUUUCAUUAAAUAUUCCAUCAUACUAUUUUCUUAAGACAAUUAAAAUAUCUGAAGUCUAAAGUAAAUAGUUUUAAAUGUUGUGAGACUUAUACCACUUGAAUUUUACACAUUACUUUGAUAGCAAUUUAAUUUUUUUCUCAUUGUUCAAGAUGUUAUUGAGAAGAAUUUAAUGUCUUAUGUUUAGAGGUGUGUUGUGAAAAUUUUUACCUAUAUUAAAAGUCAAACUCUGAUAGAUAGCUAUGUAUCUUAUUUAUUCAUAGUAUAGACAAAUGUAUGCUAUAAUUCUAAUAUUAUAACAAUAUUUUCUAGACAUUUACUAAAUCACUUCCAUAUAUAAUAUAUUUAUAUGUAUAUGUACAUCAUAUUUAUAUGAGUGUAUAUAUUGAAAUAUAUACAAUUCAAAUUAGUUGUAUAUGAUGAUGAAGAGAGAGCACAUUGGAGAUUUCUGAGAAAUAGAGUGAAAAAAUUCUGCAUCAUGUUUACAGUUUUAAAUUCCAACAUUGUCUCAAGCCUUGUGUGUGUAUGUGAAUAUGCACAUGUAUUUUGAGAAGGAAAUGGUUGAUACUGCAAAAAUCAAGAACAUACUAGUUAAAUGUUUAAAAGAAAUUCUUAGUUUCAUCAUUUUAAUAUUGGAAUUCUUCAGACUGGUUCAUUUCUAGAGCUUUUCCUAUUCUCAAAUAUAUACUAUAUAUAUAUAUAUAUAUAUAUAU